AUGACGGACCAUUUCGAAGACACUCAGAGAUUACAACGACAACGGCGACAGGAGCGGUUGAAAGGUCCUAUUCGUAGCACGACUAGUGUUCCAUUUUGCGAAGAUGUUUUGUUGGGCAAGGGAACACCCUUUCAGAUCCACCCUGGCAACAAAAAGCUUCGCAAGCUUGUCGUGGAUUGGCAGAAGGAGUACGAAAAGGCACGGCGAGGAGGAAAGAUGGUCAUCGCUCAGGAAUGCGUUGCUGCCAUUAGAAGCAACGGGGGCCUGUUUCUAAAACAGCAAGAUGGCAAAACUUGGUGUGUGGUGGACAAUGACGUUGCCGUCACUAAAGUCACUGCUCUUUUUCGAACGCCAAGACGUACGCAGAGGAAGAGGGAGCGGGCAUCAGAACCGCAGAAUCGACUGUCCUUCGCAAAGGAUUCUUUGGACAUGACUUUGCAAAGUUGA